AUGAAUAUAUUCCUUCUUGUAAAUUUUAUUCUCUGUUGCUUGUCAUGUUCAAAUCACCUCUUCUUUUUGCUUUUCGUUCACAUUCAUUUUUCUUUAACUUUUUUCUAUUUCAUUCUCUUUCAUUUAUCUUUCUCUUUCUUGUUCUUUCUCUUCAUUUUUUCUUUCUCUUUCUUUCUCUUCCUAUUUUUCUUUCAUUUUUCUUUCUCUUCAUUUUUCUUUCUCUUUCAUUUUUUUUUCUUUUUCUUUUUUUUCAUUUUUAUUUCUCUUUUUCUUUCAUUUUUCUUUCUCUUCAUUUUUAUUUCUCUUUCAUGUUUCUUUCAUUUUUCUUUCUCUUUCUUUCUCUUUCUCUCUCAUUUUUCUUUCUCUUUCAUUUUUCUUUCUUUUUUCUUUUUCUUUUUUCAUUCUCUUUCCUUUUUCUUUCUCUUUCUCUCUCAUUUUUCUUUCUCUUUCAUUUUUCUUUCUUUUUUCUUUUUCUUUUUUCAUUCUCUUUCCUUUUUCUUUCUCUUUCUCUUUCAUUUUUCUUUUUCUUUCUCUUUCUCUUUUUCUUUCAUUUUUCUUUCUCUUACAUUUUUCAUUUUUCUUUCUCUUUCAUUUUUCUUUCUCUUUUUCUUUCUCUUUCAUUUUUCUUUCUCUUUAUUUUUCUCUUUUUUUUUCUGUUUCAUUUUUCUUUCUCUUUCAUUUUUCUUUCUGUUUCAUUUUUCUUUUUUCUUUCUCUUUCAUUUUUCAUUCUCUUUUUUUUCUCUUUUUCAUUCGCUUUCAUUUUUCUUUAAUUUUUCUUUCUAUUUCUUUUUCUUUCUCUUUCAUUUUAUUUCUUUUUCUUUCUCUUUCAUUUUUCUUUUUUCUCUUUUUCUUUCUCUUUCAUUUUUCUUUCUCUUUUUCUUUCUCCUUCUUUUUCUUUCUUUCGCAUUUUUCUUUCUCUUUCAUUUUUCCCUUUUUCUUUUUCUUUCUUUUUCAUUUUUCUUUCUUUUCUUUUUCAUUUUUCUUUCUCUUUUUCUUUCUCUUUCUUUUUUCUAUGUCUUUUCCUUUCUCUUUCUUUCUCUCUCAUUUUUCUUUCUCUUUUUCUUUCUCUUUCAUUUCUCUUUUUCUUUCAUUUUUCUUUCUUUUUUUCUCUUUCUCUCUUUCUUUCUCUUUUUCUUUCUCUUUCUUUUUCUUUCUCUCUCAUUUUUCUUUCUCUUUCAUUUUUCUUUUUCUUUCUCUUUCAUUUUUUCCUCUUUUUCUUUCUCUUUUUCUUUUUUUCAUUUUUCUUUCUUUUCUUUUUCAUUUUUCUUUCUCUUUUUCUUUCUCUUUCAUUUUUCCUUUUCUUUCUUUUUCAUUUUUCUUUCUUUUUCAUUUUUCUUUCUCUUUUUCUUUCUUUUUCAUUUUUCUUUCUCUUUUUCUUUCUCUUUCAUUUCUCUUUCUUUUUCUUUCUUUCUAUGUUCCUUCUUGGAUAUAUUCUCUUUAUUUUAUUUGUCACAUCUGGGGAUCCGGGGAGGGGGAAGAGAACACUAUCUCUGGCUAUAUCUCAUCCUUCACUCUCCUCUCUCUUUCUUCUCUCUCUCUCUCUCUUCUCUCUCUUCUCUCUCUCCUCUCUCUCUCUCUUUUCUCUCUCUCUUUCUGGUCAUAUACUCCUGCCAAAUUAGCUAUCGUCCGGUUCAUGCUCCUCUCCUCUCUUUUGAACAGGACUAG